AUGUCCGGUGUUAUUGAUAUCCUAUCAGUAGCUUCAACAUUUAUUCUUCGUCUUCUUAACUCUGAUUCAUUUAUUUCAUUAUCAUCAGUAGAUUCUAAUGUUUCUUACAUUGAAAUUGGAUACGUUAAAAUCGAAAGAGGAGGAAAAAAAAAUGUUGAAACCAAAAUAGAAUGCACCUUACCAAGGUUUGUUGUAACUGUACUAGUAUUUGAUAGAAUUCGUGAAAGUUUCUCAGGUUCUAAAUGUGAACAACUUCCAUGUGAAGAAUUUGAAGUUCUUAUAAUAUGGGAUUACGAUCGUUACUUCAUCGCAAAAGUUCAUGCAUUGCGAGGCAUUACUAGUCAUACCAUUAUCUGGAAAUGA